CCGGGCGGAGGAUGGAGGCAGAGCGGGCAGGUGCCGCCGCGGGCAGGAGCGCGCUGGCCGCGUGCGGCGCGGGGCUGUAGGGCAGGGCGCGGCUCCACUCGGCUCUUCUCGCCCCUUCCCUUCCCGUUCCCCGGGAAGGAGGAGCGGGACGGAAGCGGGCUCCGCGCGGCGGCUGCGCCUAUCCGCCGCGAGGGGACGAGCGGGCGGUGGCGGAGGUGUGAGGCGGAGGCGGGGGAUGCGAGCAGGCACAGGCAGCGGCUCGGUGGCGCCUGAGCAGCCGGGCACCGCCUGAGGCGGCCAUCGCUCCCUCCCUCCGUCCCACCGGCGGGGCUGAGCCCACGGCCCCGCCGCAGAACAGCGCGGGCUCGACGGCGGCAGCCCCUCCCGCCGCCCGCUGUCAGUGACCGAUCCGCCGCGCCCCAGGACGAUGCCCGCCCGCUCGCUGCAGAGGAAGGCGUGACGGCGAGGAGCGGGCCCGCCGCCGCGGGAAGGAGGAGCGGUGCCCCGCAUCUCCGCAGCCGGGGGUGGGCGGGCGGGCGGAUCGGGGGAACGCGGCGCCCCGGUGCCCGCGGGCGACGCGCGGCCGCAGCUCGCAAUCGGUAGCGGCCUCUCGCCGGGAGUCCGAUGCCAGCGCCGGUGCCACGGCUCGCUCUGCCUUCUCGGGAAAAUGCAACCGUGCCCGCCACGCUGCUGGCGGCGGUGCUAGGGGGAGCGUCGGCGUGGAGCUCUGUGCGCACCGCCUGCCCCAUCCCGCUCCGCCUCUGAGGCACACGGAGCCCUCCGCGGCCGCGCACGUCCCGGCGAGAAGCGUCGCAGCCGCCGCCAGUCCCUCGCGAAGAAGGCGAGCGCCUCCCCGUUCGCCUGCAGGAGGGGACUCGUCCGCCCCCGAAGCCACCGCUGCCGCCCGCCCGGGGGCCGGAGCCGCUGCCUGCGGGCGCCCGGCGGGGCCGGUGGCCAUGGGAGCCCGGCCCGCGGGGGGCGCUCCCUAGGGCGCGGGCGGCCCCGCUCGGCCCCGGGCAGCUGCGGCGAGCCCAGAGCAGCGGCCCCGCCGCCACGGGGCUGCGGAGCUGCCGGCGCGGCGAGGAGCGCCCCGGGGACGCGGCACCACUGGUGCCAGGCGCUGCCGGCCGCCAUGGGGGAACAACCUAUCUUCAGCACCCGAGCUCAUGUCUUCCAGAUUGACCCAAACACUAAGAAGAACUGGGUUCCCACCAGCAAGCAUGCUGUUACUGUGUCCUACUUCUAUGACAGCACAAGAAAUGUCUACAGAAUAAUCAGUUUGGAUGGCUCAAAGGCAAUAAUAAACAGCACCAUCACCCCCAACAUGACAUUUACUAAAACAUCCCAGAAGUUUGGCCAGUGGGCAGACAGCAGGGCGAAUACAGUCUAUGGCUUGGGAUUUUCAUCUGAACAUCACCUUUCAAAAUUUGCUGAAAAAUUUCAGGAGUUCAAAGAAGCUGCGCGAAUAGCAAAGGAAAAAUCCCAUGAAAAAAUGGAGCUAACAAGUACACCCUCUCAAGAAUCAGCUGGAGGGGAUAUUCAGUCUCCUUUAACUCCGGAGAGCAUUAACGGGACAGAUGACGAGCGAGCGAUGCCAGAAGUGACGCAGAACUCAGAACCAAGGGCUGAACCAACACAGAACGCAUUGCCAUUUACCCAUAGUUCGACAAUCAGCAAGCACUGGGAGGCAGAACUGGCCACGCUCAAAGGUAAUAACGCUAAGCUCACAGCAGCCCUGCUGGAGUCCACUGCCAAUGUGAAACAAUGGAAACAGCAACUUGCUGCAUAUCAGGAGGAAGCAGAGCGUCUUCAUAAGCGGGUGACUGAGCUGGAGUGUGUGAGCAGUCAAGCCAAUGCAGUCCACACUCAUAAAACAGAAUUAAACCAGACAAUACAGGAAUUAGAGUCUACACUGAAGAAAAAAGAAGAGGAAAUAGAAGGAUUGAAACAAGAAAUUGAAAAUGCCAGAGAGCUCCAGGCUCAGAGGGAUUCUCUGACCCAGAAGUUACAGGAAGUAGAAAUUCGAAACAAAGACCUGGAAGGACAGCUGUCUGAUCUAGAGCAACGUCUGGAGAAAAGUCAGAAUGAGCAAGAAGCUUUUCGCAAUAACUUGAAGACCCUUUUAGAAAUUCUUGAUGGAAAAAUAUUUGAACUAACAGAAUUACGAGAUAACUUGGCCAAGCUAAUAGAGUGCAGUUAAAGAAAAUGGGAUUUCAGUGCCAAUCAGCUUAAAGAUGCACUGUCUCUCUUCAUAGGACUGUGUUGGGCUCUGCAUCAAAGUUGCACAAAAUUAGAAAAUGCUCCUCUGAGAGGGAUUGUUUUAAAUUUGACUUGUAAUUCACUGUAAAAUUUAGCUUGUAGCCAGUUUAAGAAAAAAAUAACUAACAAAAAACUUGAAUUACAAAUUACCUCCUUUUACAUUAUUGGCCACAGAUAACUUGAAAAAUAUUAACAAUAAUUGAGUGCAAUCCUUUUCUAAUUAUCAAUGAUGGAAGAAUUAGCAGUGUCCCAGGACACAUCCCAUUUUGUGACAGAUACAAUAUAGGCAUCUGUCUAUUUUAUUUAAAAUAUUGGCUGUUUUAUUUAAAAUAUUUAAAUGCUGUGUUUUGUGCAAGAACUUAGUGAUGACAGCCCUGUAUUUUGUUCUUAAUAAUUUCUCAGGAUAUGUUGCACUGUGGAGAAGCAGUGCCGGAACAAAUUUAUUCUUGCCAGGAAUGAGAGAGAGUUGCAUCUUUAAUUGAAACAAAUUUACUAUAAUUGCUUGUAUAAACUUCUUCCUUUUUGUUUUUUUGGGGUUAGUUGGCUGGUUGGCUUUUUUGGUUUUUUUAUAGCUAUACAUAUAUACUGGAAGAUACCGUAUUUCUUUAUGGAGCUUACUUUGGUGUUCUACAAUAUUGUCCAAUGUAAGGUUUAGUUUUUCAUAUGAAUUCCAUGUAAUUACAGUGAGGUAGUAUCUUCCACUUAACUAAAUUUUGAAGCCAACCAGUGAUAGAAGGUGAGUCCCGCAGGCCAAAAAAAAAUAAGCCCAAAUCCACUGAGAAUUUUAAAUGUAAACUUAACAUUUUAAAUUUGACCUGCACACAUAACAAGGAAUGGCCAGGUUUUUGUUUUCUGGCCUUGAUACUUAUAUUGAGUGUUCAAUUUGCUGUUAAUCUGUUCUGGAGGAGACUUUUUCAGAUUGUGACAUGAAAUAGAGGUUCUGUGAAUAAUGGCUUUGGGGAGCCUUGUUCUGUUACAGACUCAUUAGGAGCACAGAGGUACCGCAAGGGAUUGCUCGUACACUGAGCGUGUCUGGCCAAAAAGGCUAGAAGUUUUUUCUUGAAGUUUUGUUGUCAUAGCAAAUUGAACUGAAGACAUGUUUACUCUUUUAUGGGUCUUCAUAUCACAUCUUUAUCCAAACUACACCAGGCAAUAUUCUGAACUGUUAACUAAGUGUUUAAAAACAGGACAUUGAAUUUAAUUAUCCUCAGUAAGCAGGUUUUAAAGUUGUUUUGAUGUAAUUUUAACAGACUUUUGGCAAACAUAUUUCUUUAUAUAAUAGAUUUAUUUAAAAAACCCAACUCUUUGAAAGGUAAGGCAAUUGUCAUGUGUCUUGCAUCACAGUGCAUUCUUGCCAUAAAUUGCUUGUAAUGCUGAAGAGGGCUUUUUUAAAAUGUAUGAAUGAAUGUCAGACCUCAGAGUUGAAAGAUGCACGAACCUUUGUUUGCUCCCCAAAUUAAUUUGAAUGUUAAACAUGAACUCUAGCUGCUUAUUCAAUUUGUAGAACACAGUUUUCUUCACUUAGAGACUGAUAUUCAAAACUAGAAAAGAUAAGUUUGAUUUCAUGUAUGUACUGUGUGUAUGUACCAUAUAAUACACGCAGAUUGUCAUUUAUAUUGGAAAGACAUGCUUUAUUUCUAGAAUACCUUUUUCUUUUCCAUUAACUGGUGAUUUAUCAGGUCUCCCUGACUAGUCAGGGAAGUGGCUUAGGUUAAAUGCUAAAACUGUCUUGUAUUAUAUGGUAUGUAAUAUACACAAUGUUUACGCUUUCUCCAUAUUUUUUAGGGUAUUUUCUCACAUUUAUUAAAGGGGUGGGGGGAGCUUGUUUCAUUGUGCUACUGGUUGAAAACUUUGUGGUGAGCUACAUGUUAAUCAUUCAGGGGAUUUUAGACAGUAGUGUGUAUAUAUCUUCAUCAGGUCCAUAUGAGCAGAUACAGCCAGUUUUUAAUUUUCCUGGGGAUAUUUGGGCCUGAUUCUCCUGUCACUUGUGCUGCUGUAAACCAGAUGUGUCCUUGAUGUGAUGUCAGCAACAUUCCGUUGGCAUAACAUCCGUGGAAGUGUAAGGAGAAUUUGGCCUGUUAAUGCUCAGUGGACAUAAUAAAGAUGAAGAAAGAAUAAAAAAACAUAAUGAUGGAAUAAAUGUAAUAUUAUUUUUAAUGAUAUUAUUAUUGACAUUUUUAAAGAUAUGAUGUCAUAUGUGUGGGGAAAAUAGUGGACAGAAAUAUUUCCACUUAAAUUUUGUGAAUAUGUGUGGUACAUGAGCAUUUCUAUGUAUACGUACACACACAUAUGUAUAUACAGAACAUGGAAAAAUUUAGAUGUGCACAUUUUUAAUAUUUUCCUAUUGAAAUUAAAUUUAAAAUUGGAAAUUGAUAUUUGAGAAUUUCUUUUUCUCAUAGAGUAGAGAUAAGCUUCAUUUCUUUUUUUUUAAAUAAUACAAUUACUGAGGGCUGCACCUUUGAAUUCCCAAAUAGUUGCCAAACAUAAAUAUGGGAUGAGGUGGACAUACGUGCACAUAUAAAUAAAAUCCUAUGUCUAAGACUAUUUUUAAUGCUUAUGUACAGUAGGCAAGUGUUUAGAAAUUGUGAUCUAAAGUUCAUACUUAGAUGGCUAUACCUACUGUAGCCUCUUCACUUAUGUUUUAAGGUGAAGGUUUUGCCAUUUGAAACAUUACUGUCCCAGACACAAGUACUGUACAUUGUAUCUAUCUUUAAUGAAACUAUGGGAAUAUGUAUACAAGAAAACGGUGUUCAGUACUAUAGCCUGAAAACAUGACCAUGAACUUGUACUGGAGGGGAGAGCAGUUACUUUGUGUAUAAAUUUACAUGGCAACUACAGUCUUGGGGAAAAAAAAAAAAAAAAAAAGAAGCCAACAAAAGAAUUACCAUAAGCCUCACAGAAAUACAGAAAUAGAACAAAAAAAACCCUAAAAAAACCCCAAACAAACAAACAAACAAAAAAAAACCAAAAAAAAAAAAAGAGAGAGAGAGAGAAAAAAGAAAUUGAACCCACCGUUUUUUAUUUUGAAAUACACUUGCUAUUCUCUGGAGAAUGUAUGACUUUUUUUUUUUUCCUUAAAUCUUUUUCAAGUAUGUGCAAGUGAUAGCAGCAGCUACCUUAAUCUUUCAGGUGCUACUGGAUUUUGCAUUAGUGUGUUAUGUUGUGAAAUCCUGACUUUGACAUAAAAUUUUUUUGUAAGUAUAUCCCCGUCUGGAUAGCUAGUUUUUGGAGUGUAUUGUUCAUAAUCCAUAUGCCUCAAUGAUCCAGAAAUUGCAUUUUUCUAUGUGGACAAAGUAAAAAAUGUGAAUGAAACUGUCCAUUAUAGAUGACUGGAAGUUCCUUUUCCUGGCCAAUAUAUCCAGGAAAGAGGAGAACAAAAUGAACUGAUAAUGCAGAAAUGCGGUUAUAAUGUCUCUAAGAAAAUACAUUUUCAGGUAAAAUAGAAAUAAAUAAAUAAAUAAAGGGCUAAACCAGUUGUUACACAAAUAAUUAUCAUUUAACGGUAUCGGUGGCAUUCCCAAGAUAAUUCCUUUAAAGAAAACCCUAGAAUUAAAAAUGCAUCAAUUAAAGAUUAAUGUUUUGGGAUAUGUCUUUUCAGUUCUCAGUUGUGAAAGGUUUCUGAUUUCUGCUCAUUUUUCUACCAGUUGGGGAUUAACUUCAGGUUUGCCUUCAGUAAGAAGCUAAACCUCAUUUCAUUCUAUCAUCUUAUAUGUUCUGUACUGAAGUGGCUGCUGAACAGCAUUCUGUGAACACUGCAUUCAAAAGUCAAAAUCAAAGCCAUUUUUCAGAAAUACUGCAUGGAGAGAGGAAUAGAAAACUCUUGCAGCCCUUAAUUCUCUGCAGAGCUGCAGAUAUCAGUAAAAGCACUUAACUUGGUUAGUUGCAAAAACCUUAAGGCCAAAGAUAGAUCUAAUUAGAGAUUAGAUCUAGAUGUCAGAAGACAAUUAAAAAAAUACCAUCAAGAAACUCCAUCCCAAUGUGCAUAGUUCAGCCUCAGUAACUGAACAUGCCAGUUAAGUGGCACGUAUACACUGGGGUUUCUUUUUCAGAAAAUGGACCUGACUCUGCUAAGCAAUGUUCAAACUGUCUUGUUUACAUUUUCUUAGUAAUGCUGCAUUUGUGCACUACCUCUGAACAGUGCUAAGCAGAGACCAUAUCAUGGAAUAACACACAUUAUUUGAAAUCUAUGGUUUUGCUUAGCAGCCUUAGUUCCCUGUUUUACUCCACUUACUUCAGACAAGAUAGAUGAAUUUUCCCUGUUUUGUUAAACGUUUUGGAACAAUGAGCGGAGUUUUGAGUUAGAUCCCAGAGUCAGUUCAGUUCAUGUCCACUCUUCUGGCCAUGCCUAGCCAGGAAGCAGGUGUGAGUCUAAUGUCACAAUACCUCUAGAUACUAUAGACAUAAGGGGCUUUUCACACCAUAAGGGGUCUCAUAGCUUGCCUGCCACAGCCUCUCAGGGACCUGUAGUGGCCAGUUCUGCUUCUGCACUGCUGGCAGCUCAUAAUAGGACCAAAGAAACACAAUAUACCUACUUUCCCCCUUAUUGCUGGGUCUUGCAUAAGCAGAGCUCAGCUGCAAUGAUAUAUCUGGCAAUCCUUAGUAUUUUCAGAUAAAGGAAAGGAUUUUGAAAAAUACUUCAAAAAAUUGGAAGGAAAGUAACUAUCAAAGGUGUUGUAAAUUUGGGGUGGGUGAGGGAAACACAAUUUCAAAAAGAUUCCCUAGUGUGGAACCCUUGUGUAGCUGUAAAAUAGGUGAGAAGGAUUUGCAUAGGGAAUGACAAACCACCUGAAAGGAUCUCACUUUCCUUAGGUGCUCACAUCACGCUGACAUUGAGCACACCGGCUUGCCCACUCUUGAUUGCUAGAGACUUCCCAAGGUCAGCACUGGGGGUGUGUUUCAUGAACACUUCAUGAAGUCCUGACAGUCUGCAAACCCCAUGUCCUUUCUGUCUUUUACCUUCAUUACUCUAGAGGUUUGACACCAGUAUAGCCAUCAGUGCUCCCUGUUUUCUGCUGUCAUCAGUUCCUAUGAUGAUUGUGUCAUGGAAUUCUGAGCCGAAUUUGGUGGUUUUUCUUUCUUUUAACUUGGAAGUAAUUUCCAACCAUGUUCCCUGCUUUGGGAAUUCUCAUCUGCUCUCACACAAGCCUCAUCUCACUGCAUGGAUCCAGCAGUGUGUCAGGUGCUUUUGCUUCCAUUAAAUUGAGAAUAGCAACAUAGACAUUUUCUUGCAAGAGAAUUUGCAUUUCUGUGACUGUGGUAAUUCUUGAAGAAGAAGGAUUUUUUCCCACUAGAUCAAGAAGGAGGGCAGAACUAAGGACCUUCACAAACAAUACCAUGCAUCCAGGUGCUAAGGGGAGAGGAAGAGCUACACUUGACAAGGUAUGUGUAAAUAUAAUCUGUGUGUAUGGAUUUCCUCCUGUUGAAUUAAAUAUGGUCAUACAGAUACUUGCAGAGAGUGAACAAGGCCUUUGAAAUUCUCUGAGUCUGGCUUAUAUUUUGUUAAAUGUUCGGUGGAAUUGUCUCUAAACAAAAGAAAUUUGAAGCAAAAUGACCUUGUACUUGCCUACAGGAGAAAGAUCAUAGCCCUUACCUCUGGAUGGAAAUUUUAACAUUAAAUCUAAUUCUUUCUUCACAUCUGAAUAUAUAUGGUUAUUUUUAUAAUUCCAGCAGUUUUGUUUCUCAGGAAUCUACAGCAAUGAGAACCAGAAAUCUAUCAGUGUAAGGUGCAGCUCUCUUCAACUUCCACUUAGUGAGAGGAGCCAGUGUAGAAGUACGUAGCUGAGUGCCUCAAGUAGUAUUUUGUGCGAGCAUCCUGCAUCUAGUUCCUGCUGCACGGCCACACUGCUACACCCUGCCAGCUGCACUUGCUGUCUGUCCCAGAAGCAACCCAGGAGUGCUUGCUGUCCUUUGUUCAGAAGCUGCUGCUUCAGAAUUGUAGCUCUGUCAUUACCAGUCUGGAGCCCUUUUGCUCCAGAGCAUUUUGCACAUUCAGAGUUUUGCUUGCAGGGGGAGAAAAGGGGAAAUUUCAUUCUGUAUAUCUUAAAGAAGAAGAGUAAUAUGUAGAUUUGAUAUAAGCUGCUUUUCCCCACCUCUUUGAAAAGAAAUUAUGAAAGCUUUAUUUGAGGUGGUUAUUGUUACCAUUUGAACCUACCAGUCAAAACUUUCAUUAUCUUCUAUUUCUUGCAUUUUUCCUUUUGUUCUGUGUUCUUUUCUCUUGCAUAACAUGGAACAACCAAACCAUAGUCAAUAUAAGUCCUAAACUGCUUAUGAAAUGAGAAACAUAAAUAUUCAGUGUCAAGCUCCCAGCAGGGACAUCAGUAACCCAAAAAAGCCCAAAACCCACUCACACAAGAGAUACCUGUGGGAAUGAGGUACUGACUGUUGUGCAUGAACAUCUCAGCCUCAGUGAGGAAGCAUUGGGGAUCUUCUAAACAAGCAUUACUGAGGUAUGCUACUAGAAAGUACCUUGAAUCAGACCUGUCUAAAAGACAUCAGUGUGAGUAUUUUCAGAAGACAUGAGUUUUCCUGCUCUUCACCAGUGAUGAUAACUGUAUUGCACAAAUAGAAAAUACCUACAGGGCACAUGUAACUCCUCAAGUCAAAAUGCAAAAACGUGUUGGGAUUGGCAGCAGAAGUUCCCAUCAAGCUAGAGGAUUUCUGUCAUCAGCUAGUAUAACUGACAGGUCUUUUGCAAAUGAAUUAUAGCAACAUUGGAAAUCUCCAUGAGAGAACAAAUACAAAGACAAGAGCAGUUUUCUGUACCUGAGUCAGGCUGGGAAAUCCAGCUAUGGGACUUAGUCCUGAUUAACAGGUUGGGCAGGUCGCCAACAGUGAUGUUGUUUCAGAGGGGUUUAAAAGAAUUUUGACACUUGGGCCAAACUGCAGUGUUGAAGCUGUGACAUGGACAUAGGUAUCUAAAAUCCAGAAGGGAAUAAGGCCUCACAGAGCACAGCACUGACUGAGCAAGCAACUGCACUGGAACUGCUGAACACGGAAUCGGCUCCCUGAACCUGGCAAUGAGGAUGGUUCACUUACAGGAUAAGAACAAACAGGUUCACCAGCCUUGAGGCCAGUUUUACAGCUCAACAAGAGCUGCUAGGUGGCUGUGGAAUUUGCCAUAACAUUUCAAGUCUCUCUUUUGAGGGGCUGCAGGGGCUGCACCAGAAGAGGGGGCCAUUACAAGUGGUAAAGUGACCUCCACAGCUCCCACAAGCACAGUGCUGGGUCUUAUACGGCAUAAAUGCUGGCAUGCAGCUACUUGGAAAAUAGUUAGCUGGUGACAGUGGCACGUCAAGGGAUCAGGCCUUCAUCAGCUGGAAGGUCUUGACCAAGAUUUAAGUGAAGAAAUUCUAAUUUACAGUAUUUCAGGGUAAGUUUUGUUUUUAACUGAAACAUCACAGCUUGCUAUUGCAAUGACACAUUGAUGGGUUAACAGAAGUAGUGUCCUCUUGGGGAACAGCUAGGCUCCUUCCACUGGGGAGCAGAAGCUAAAGUUUGCAUUCAAUCACUUAGCCAAGCUGGUACUACUGACAGUACCAAGCACUUCCUUAUCCAGAAGCAUCCCUGCAACCUUGAGUAUCCACCAAGGACUGCAGCAGAUUCAUUCAUCCGGGCCUCAAAAGGCAGGGAUUCUGUAGUUAUCUCAGGCAGCUAAUGGCUGGGAGCAGAACCCAGGUUUAUCCCAGAUGGCUGACAGCGCAGUCUCAACAAAUGCUGUCUGGGACACAAAGUUUCUGUUCAAAGUUUCUUACUGCAAACAGAGAUUAAAAGCUGAAUACUUGAAGGGUUGGGGUGUUCUGCAAAAUGGGACAUAGCACUAACUUGGAAAUGUAACUGGUUUUGAGUAUUUAAAUAUAAUGCAUGUUAUUUUGUACACCAAUUAAGCAAAGCAUGCCCUGGUAGGCACUAUGUGGCUCAUGCUUUCCCUGAAUACAUAGCCCAAGUAGACUUUUUUUUAAAAAAAAAAAGAGUGACAAACAUGAUCUCUUAAAGAGAGAUUUGCUUUAAUAGAACCUUUGACUGGGGACAAUUUCUGCACUCCUCUGCAUUCUUUUCCAGAAUGGCUGAAUGAUAGUAGGCACCCUCCAAGUAUCACUGGGUUUUGACCAUCUGCUGGCCCAUGGAAUGGCCCAUGAAUGGUCAGACCUCACAAAAGCCAACAGCCUGACUCACUGAGCAGUUUGACUUAGAGCUGAGUGACACAGCAAGGUAUGGGUGUGUCAGGGGACACAUAAAACACUAUCAUAAAGUAGGGGAAAUAAAUUUCCUCCUACAGUGGUGCUGGGCAGGAGAAGAAUGGACCUUAUGUUUCAACUUAGUUUGCUAUUAAGAGAAGACUUUUCAGCAGCAUAAAUCUUUAGGAAACCAUGACAAAAAUACAUGUAUGCCAUCAACAGAAGUAUAGGAUGUGUGCUUUUUUUCUUCUUUUUUGUUACUAUAUUAUUUUAUAAUGCAAAUUUAAAAUGCCUUUUUUUUUUCAACAUGUCAUUAGAAACCAAGAGCAGUUUGCACUGGUUUCUCUGUCACAUUGAUUAUUUGUUUUCACAGGACUUUAUCCACUCCAACAGUCAUUUUUACUCACAGCCAAGUGCAUGGUGCGGCGGGGGGGAAAUGGCCAUUCUUUUAUGGUGCUUCAAAAGAAGUUGAUUCAUAAAUGUCUGUUACUGGUGUUUAAAUUGUGCUUUUAACAUGCAUGGCAGUUUGAGCUUGCACUGAUGAUUUUGUAUGCUAAAAACUCAGUUACACUCUUACUGAAAUUGAAUGGGAUUAAAAUAAAGUACUGAGGAAGAAAAA